UCACAACUCAUCCCCUCACUCCCUUUAAAUACAGUUCCAACACUCUGUUCAACCGCCCGUCAAACCAAACCCAUCUCAAAUCUACCCACUCAAGAUGUCUUCGCCGGCGAUUCACUGCCUCUUUCUCCUCCUCCUAAUCACCAUCUCCUCCGUCGCCGCCGACGAUACCCUGACGGUCUACCAAGCUCUUGAGAGUUACGGUUUUCCUAUUGGUCUUCUUCCAGUGGGCGUCACAGGCUACGAAUUGGACCCAUCUUCAGGCAAAUUCAAGGCCUAUUUGGACGGAACUUGCAGUUUCAAAGUGGACGAUUACGAGCUCAAGUACAAAUCGACCAUCUCAGGGGUUAUAACCAAGAACAGGAUCAGGAAUUUGAAGGGUAUCAGCGUCAAAGUGCUCAUCCUUUGGCUCAACAUCUCGGAGGUGAUUCGCGACGACGACGAGCUCGAGUUUUCUGUUGGGAUCGCUUCGGCCAACUUUGCGGUGGACAACUUUGAGGAAUGCCCACAAUGUGGUUGUGGAUUUGACUGUGUGAAUGGGGAGAGGAAGGGCGUCAAGCUCAGUCUGAAUCGGUUCGUGUCUUCUCUUGUGGACUGAAUUUGUAUGGUGUGAUGUGAUCUGUGUUUUUAUGCAGUUCAGUACUUCACGAGAAAUUUUAAGGUUUUUUUUUUUUUUUUUAAAUUUAAGAAA